UGAACGGCGCGUGACGAGGCUGUCUGAAGCCGAAAUCAGCAUAUCCCUUCAUUUGCUGUCGAAGAUCUGCCUCCAGUCCAUCGUUUGACUCAUCAUCACGAUGGCCAGGCGGCUGCCCAAGACUCUCACUGAUCAGUUCUUCCGAGCACAGCCAGACGUCGCCCCAGCUGCAGCUGCCACUCCCACUCCCACUCCCUCUCCCACUCGCAACAGCAGCAAACCCAACGCGUCAGCCAAAGCCAAGGCCACCCACCAUGCCAACAGCGGCAGCAGCAGCAGCAACAGCAGCAGCAGCAAGGGCAGGACCAAGCGGCCCAUUCCACUCGCCAUCAGCACCACUGCGGAACCCAGGCAGCAGCAGAGAAACCAUCAGCCAAAGGGAAGCUCAGGCAAGGACGACACGAGCCCAACCGACAGCUGCGCGUCAAAGUCAAACGAGGAGUUCCUCCUCGGCGUUCAAGACUUGGCCCGAGAAGGCGACACAGAGGAGUUGAGGCGGCUGUCCGUUGACUUCAUCCGUCGGCUGGACACCAUGCGGCCCAAGCAGAUCAGCCUCUCACUCAAGGCCUUCGCGCAGUCGCCCCUCAACGACGGCAACGCGCUCAUGCGCAGCGCAGAGCUCUUCCAGGAGGCGGCCUUCAGGCUGGUCCCCUUUCUGCCGCAGUUCGGCGCCACCGACUUGGCUGUGACGGCUCACGCUUUGGCCCGGAUGGGGCUGAAGAGCGAUGUGGUGCUGGGGGAGAUUGCCGGCCAGGGGAUGGACAAGAUGGGCAAGUUUGGUGGGAGCGACGUGGCCAUGAUGGCCAACGCGUUCGCGAGGCUGAAUGUGGUCAACUACCCCCUGUUCAAAGAGAUGAGUGAGUAGGCACCCAAGACACAGACAGAGGGGCAGGGAGAGAGGAGACAGGUCACACUUGAUGGAUGGCCUGUUGCCCGCUUCUCUCUCUCUCUCUCUCUCUCUCUCGCUCUCUCUCUCUCUCUCUCUGUGUGUGUGUGUGUGUGUGUGUGAGUCAGGCGAGCGCAUCUUGCCGCAGCUGUCGCUGCUCAACGCGCAGGAGCUGUCCAACAUCUGCAACGCAUGGGCGCGGCUGCGCAUCCCUGACCACUUCCUCUUCACGGCCAUCGGCCGCGAGAUACGCCAGCCGCACCGCCUCGAGGACUUCACGCCACAGAACCUCGCCAACGUCGCCAACGCCUUUGCGAAGAUGGGCGUGGGCAAAGACAAAGGCAUUGUGCCGGAGCUGUUUGACAACAUGGCCGUGGAGAUCAUCAGGAAGGUCCGUCGGUGGCUGGGCUGGUGGGGGCUGGAUGGAUGGAAGGGGGGGGUGGUGUGUGUGUGUGUGUGUGCAGGCUGUGUUCUUCGAGGCUGCUCACUUGUCGAUGACUGUGCACGCCUACGCCAAGGUCAACGCCGACGCGCCACUGCUGUUGGACACACUCGCCCAGCCCAUCAAGGGUCAGCUUAACCAACACGUAGCCCUACCUACUCUGCGCACACACCAAGAAACACAGACACACACACACCCGUUGUCUGUCUGUCUGUCUGUGUGUGUGUGUGUGUGAACUGCCUCGCUGUGCUGUGCUGUGCGUCAGAGCGUAUGGAUGAGUUUGAGGUGCAGAACCUCGCAAACGUCGCUUCAUCCUACGCCAAGCAGACGACAACGGUGCGCACGCCCACCACCAUGGAUGGCAUCCACAUCCACGUGUGGACGUGUGUGUGUAUUGUUUGUGCAGGACCACGAGCUGUUCGAGCUGAUAUCGCGGCGGUUCCGCAAGAUCAGCCACACCGCCAAACCAAUCGAGCUGGCAGGUAGCUCCUGUAACACGUCCACACGUCCACACGCCCACGGUAUCAAACGGAUGUGUCAAUCCCGCUGCCUGGGUGUCUGUCUGUCUGUCUGUGCAGCGAUCGGGAAUGCCUUCGCGAAAUGCGACCUGCACGACCCUCUCCUUUUCGACACGUACACACACACACACACACCACUAGAAUGGCAAUAAUCCUCAGUGCGAAUCUGUCUGUCGCUGUUGCUGCAGGCUGUGUGUGUCGUCUUUGAGGUGCCUGCGGCAGUUCAACGGCUGGUCCUGCUCCACCCUGCUCAACGCUCUCAGCAAAUUCGAGGGCGCCCUCGGCACCACCGUGCUGGAGGAGUUCGCUGCUCACAUCGUCAGCAAUGUCCCUGCCCUCUCACCCCAGAGCGUCGCCUGCAUCGUCAACGCUUACGCAAGGGCCAACUACAGACACGAGCCGCUCAUUCAACAUCUGUUUGGCGUGCUGAAGGGAAGCCUGGAGGGACCACAAGAACAGCAGCAGCAGGAGGUUGGGGAGAGGGAGGGAGAGGGAGAGGGAGAAAGUCGGGUGGGCUUUCCGCCGUCAGCCUAUGUGGCUCAGGAGAAUGAGGACACACUCGAGAGGGAGUUUUCCCAGCAGCACCUGGCCAACGUCGUCAACGCCAUUGGCAAGCUGCAGCCGAGCAACAAGACUGAGGUGACCCGCUCCCACCACACAGAGCGACACACCGACAAGAAAGCCAUGGCAUCACACAUCACACCAAUGGCUGGCUCCUGCUGGCUGCAGAUGAUGGCCUUCCUGUUGCCCCGGGUGGUCCACACAGCCCCUUCUCUCUCACCCCAGAAUGCCGCGCUAAUCCUCAACUCAUUACCCAAGACGCUCACCGGGCAGACAGACGCCGAGACCCUCCGCAUGUUCCGUACGGCAUUCGCCGCCCUCGGCGCGAGGAUCAUCAGCGUCAACCUGUGGGCGGUUUCGACGCCCUAUCUGCUGCUGAUACUGAACGCCUUUGCCCGGGUCAUGGCGCCAAGGUACAUGGGAGGCGACGGGAGCUUCGAGACGAUGGCCGACCACCUGCUGCCACAUAUGCCGUUCAGGUGCAGACAGCCAGGCAGGCAGGACGACAGCCCACACAUAGACACAGAUGAGAGCUGGUGUGUGUGGUGUGUGGGAUGCUUGCAGGGUCAGGGAGCUGGAGGCCAACCAGCUGACCAUCCUGUGGCACGCACUGGCCCGUCUCAACUUCUCCCAUGAGAGGCUCAGCCAGCUCCUGGCGUCAACGGAGCUCUACAACCCACCCCUCCCUGUGUCUGCAGCAGCAGCGACAGCAACAGCAACAGCAGCCGCGGAUGCAGAGCAUCGGGCCGGCUCUGUGCGGGGGAGCGAUGUCUUGGCUGACCUCUACGGCGCGUCGAUGAGGAGAAUGAGGAGAGGGGAGAUGACGGCCAGUCAGUUUGCUGUGGUGGUCAAGGCGGCGGGCAAACUGGACGCACUCGCCGAGACGGUGAGGGAAGACAGCAACACGUGUGCUCGGCCGCCCCAGGUUGUGUCUGUCUCAUGGAUCUGUGUGUGUCGGCUGCUGUCUUGUUUUGUCUUGUCCAUCACCAGUUCCUGCAAGACUGCUCAGCGCUACUCGACCGCGGCCUCCUCAACGUAAGACACACAUAACGGACCACCCCACUCUCCCUCCCAUUGCGCACAUCUGUGUCUCUGUGUGUGUGUGUGUGGCCCAUUUACCCACCCAUCCGUCAGGGCGCCUCUCUGCACCAGGCCGCGUCGCUGCUCGAGGCCGUCAGCUACCACAUCGCUUUCUUCCAGGGCCAGGGGGAUCAUCAUGAUUAUGGUCAUUACGUCUGUGAGAGGUGCGUCGAUCUGUGCGGGAGCAUCCUGGCCCAGCGGUGUAAGGCCGUCAUGGGGCCGCCGGGGGAGGACGGCACGUGGGAGCCGGACGGGCUCAUGCAAUGGGGUGAGUGUCUUUCCGCACAUCAACGCUCACAAACGCACACGCACACAAGUCGGUGUGGUGUUGUCAGCUCCUGCGAAGAGGAAAACCCUCCUGCGGCAGCUGAGCCUCGAAGGUGCCGGCGCAUCACCUGCACCAGACGAGGACCACCUCUCCGAAGACACUCUUAACGACACUGGUGACUAUCACCCCUCGCCAUCAACUUCGUCUUCGUCUCCGGCGUCUGUGUCCCUGCUGCUCGACCCGAAGCUGCUCAACGAGGUGUGGGCGCCGAUUAGGGUGGCGCUGCGGUGCGUCCUCCUGCUGCCCACACAGUUCCCGCCACUCUUCCGGCAGACAACGCCUCAAGACCACCACCACCAGCAUCACCACCAGCAGCAGCAGAGGGAAGACACCGCUGCUGUUGUUGAAGACGAGCUUGGCUGGGCCGAGGAGGCCCCACAGCAGUCGUGUCAUAGCGGCUUGGAAGGAGCUGUGGGUGUGGGUGAAGGUGAGGGCGUGGCAGGGGAGGUGAUGCUGGCCGUCAGCAAAACCACCACCACCACUUCAUCAGCACCCGUACCCCUCUCUAUGCCCUUGCUGCUCUUCUGGUCACCGACGAGAGGGGCGUCGGGCUUCACCACCGCCACCCCCACCAGCAGCAGCAGCAGGAUGACGACAGCCAUGCGGUGCUUCAGCUCUUCUCCAGGCCGGCCACCACCCACUCCACCCACUCCGCCACCACAGCAACAGGGCACGCAGGCGCCGCCAGCGGCAGCAGCACCUGUUUGUCCCCCGCCUGGCGAGAAGCAGUACAACGUGCGGGAGGAGCUCAGGAAAAGCCUCGCACGAUUCGCCGAGGACAUGCCGCGCGUCAUGGUGAGCUAGUCUAUAUGGGAGGGGGGAGAUGAGGGACCCUUGCCAUGGUGUGUGGCUGUCUGUGUGUGGUCAGGGGUCUGGGUCACGAGAAGGUCGGCCGCCGCCCACCCGAGGGCCAUCACGGUCGCCAUCGGGCGGGUCGGAGAUGUCUUCCCGCUUCCACGAACAGCUCGCCAAGUGAGUCUGCCCUGCCGGUCACUCGCUCAGCCAAUGUGUGUGGUGUAUCUGUGUGUGUGUGUUGUGUGUCGUGUGUCAGCACGUUGAAGCACAUGGGCAUCUCUCGCAUGAGCCACGAGGUGCAGGUGGGCCCCUACAUCCUCGACGCCGUCAUCCCCCCAGAACAGAUCGACCUCUUCAACAGCAACCCUCCCACACCACGACAACACAACCAGAACCACCUACAAGAAGACGACGACGACGACACCACUCAUACGGACCGGCAGCAGGCUUCCGCAUCGUUCGCCGCAGCACCGCCCCCGCCCCCGCCCCCGCCCCCUCCACCACCACCACCUCCACCAGGCUUCUCGUCAUCUCCACAGAACCAAAAUCAGCAGCAGAGGCCGGGGGCACUGAGGAGGGGACAGACAUAUAGGCCGAGUGCUGCUGGGGGAGGGCAGGGGGAGGGCCGGUGAGCAACUGGUGGCCGGGCGUCUUAUAGUUGUUCUGAAAGGCCGUGGAGACAGACGUCCAUGGCGAUGUCGGCAUCGUCAUGCCCGCCCAUCUUCAUGUUGGUUGUGCGUGUUGUGGCUGUCUGCUGGAUACCUGAGAUGGUUUGAAUGAAUGAACGAGCGAACGGUUGUGUCCUACAUAUCAUUCCUUCACUGAUUCGGUCCGUCGG